CAUUUCAUUCUUUAUCUUAAGGUAGGCUAUCCUCAAAAUUUUUCCAUGCAUUGGUAGAGUUGCAAGAUGGAAAAGAACUGAAACUAGCACCUAAACUUGCGAGAAAAAAUGUCAAUCUAUCACACUAUGAGAAAAUGCGAGUGAACACUGCAUCACAGGGACUAAGCCACAGCACUGCAUCGGCAUUGAGAGCACUUGUCGCCCACAAAUCUAUGAAUGAAACUGCUUUGACAACCGCCUUCUUUUGUGAAUUUGUGGAUAAUUGGUUUGCAGUAACCAAUUGCAGACAUAUGAGAGAUACUCUAUUCGUCAAUUCUGAAAAAAAGUUGGAACUCUUAUCUGAGGCAUUGCAUGUUGUAAAAAAUAUGAAAUUUGUCGCGACUGGAUGGAAAUUUGUCGCUGUGCAGUCUGAAUUGCAAUUGUCAAUGACUACAAUUUUACGCCUACACCAGAAGCUGGUAAUAAAUGGAGAAGUUAUUUUUCUCAUGGCUGGAAGGCUGACGCAGGAUGCCUUGGAGAAUUUAUCUUUACAAGUAAUAAUGGAAACAUAAAUCUUAUUUGAAAUGUUAAUUCAUUGCAAACGAAGUUUGUAGUAUAUUUAAUUAUGUUUCAGGUUCGUGGCAAGGGAGUUCAACACCCGAAACCAACACAAUUCAGUGUGGCUGUCAAACUUAAUUUCGUCUCAUAAUUUAUGAGCACCCCGACCUCAACAAACUACGAGAACAAUUUAUUCGCAUAUAUUUUCAUUUAGUACUGUAUAAUGAAUUAUUUGAUUCCCUGUGAUAUUUGAAUUGCCAUCUUUGUACUUUUUCAGUGUACACAUUCUGGACCUUCAUAAUCUAUUCACAUAUAUUUUCUUGUGUACUGUGUAAUCAAUUAUUCAAUUCACUGUGAUAUUUAAAUUGCCAUCAUCGUACUUGUUCUGACUGAGCACACAUGCAGGAACUCCAUAAUUUAUUCACAAUUCUAUUUAUGCGGUACUGUAUAAUGUGGGAUAAAUAUAACUUUCACUGUGCUAUUAUAAAAUAGAUAAACUAAUUUGACAAUUUUUUACCAAACUCUACGCGUCACACAUUGAACGGAAAUAUAAAGAUGUAUAGUAUUUGAUUUAUUACAUCCUAUAUAUCAAAACUUCCGCUCACAAAAAUAAAUUUGGUUAGUUCCACCACUAUCCACUAGAUUUUUUUUUAACGAAAAUUGCAUUAUGUAUUGUUUUAUAAUUUAUUUGUUUUUGUAUCAUUAUUAUUGUUUUCUGGUUUGACGAAAUAAAUAAAUUCUUUCUGUUCUUUCAACCUCGAUAUAUGCCGAUAUCCUUCAUUUCAUGCAUGUCGUAUAUUUUUUUAUCAUAUUUUAACAAUGUAGGCCUACACAUUGUUGAACAAAUAGUUGCAAGUUCCCGUAGUGUAGUUCCGUCAGUUUGUUAAAAUAAGUUCUGUACAACUAGCGAUACUUACAUCAGAAAUUAUUACAGUAAAAUGUGUAUCUCUUUGUUUAAUAUUUUUGGUCUUAUUGGGUGUCGAUUUAUCAAGUGAAGUUGGAUGACCCUAACCAUAACUUCGUAUAUGCUGACCAUACCGCCGAGCCGAGAUAUCUGAGAAAUUUAAAUAAAUUUGCC